AUGCAGCUUGCUCAGCUGCCGGGGCAACGCACUGUCGGUGGCACCACAUGCCGCAGACACAGCCGCCGGCCGCUCAGGCCCUGUGCUGCGGCCAAGAAGGACAGCAAUGCCGCCGCUGACGUGAAGGCGGCGCGCCUGUCCCGCAUUCUGCGCCAGUAUGAUGCCGCAGGCCCCACCCAGCAGGCCGACCUGGAGCAGUACCUGGCGCAGCGCAACGAGCGCAUGGGCGGCGAGGAGGCGGGGGCCAGCCGCGGACUGCGCGCAUCCGCCGGUAGCCGCGCAUCCAGCGAGCGCGAGCUGGCCCGCCUCGACCUCUACAUGCCGCUGGGGCCCAACGGCGUGCGCCAGGCCAACUACGGGCUGCACGGCGGGGGCGAGGUGCACUGGUGGGCGCUGCGGGUGAAGGCGGGGCGCGAGAAGCAGGUGGCCGAGGCGCUGGAGCGGCUGGUGGUGGAGCUGCUGCCGCCGCUGGAGGCGGCGGAGGAGGGGGGUGCCCCCCGCCAGCGCACCAUCGAGACCUGGGUGCCCAAGAAGAGCCUGCGGGUGUGGAGCCCCAAGACGGGCAAGAUGGGCAGCAAGGUGCUGCGCUACCCGGCCACCUACCCCGCCGUGCUGGCCAGCGGCGACAACGGCGGCUGGGUGCUAGCGCGCACCGUGCUGGACUCGGAGCUGUACAGCAGGGUCAAGGCCAACCCCUCCUUCAUCGCCUGGGUGCAUGUGGAGGUGUUCACGCUGCACAGCGAGCUGGUCAGCGGUACCAAGCACCUGGAGAUACCGCGCCCCUGCCCGCAGCAGGUGCUGGACGACGUGAAGGAGUGGGAGCUGGACACGAGCCCCGUGGAGGAGGCGGCGGUCAGGGCCGCCCUGGACCUGCCGCAGCCGGCGGCGGGCUGGGAGGAGGCGGAGGCGCAGGGCCGCGGCGGGCGCGGCGGCAGGGGCUUUGAGGAUCGCGGCGGGCGCGGCGACAGGCGGCAAUUUGAGGAUCGCCAGGAGGGCGGCGGGGGCUUUGAGGAUCGCCAGUUGGGCGGCGGCCGCGGCGGCGCUGCCAGGUUUGACGACCGCCGCUGGCAGCCGCGGCAGGAGGGCGGCGAGCGGCGGCGCGGCGGCGUGCAGGGCGGUGAGCGGCGUGGCGGCGGCGGCGAGGCCGGCUGGUUUGAGGGCGGCGGCGACGGAGCCGCCGAUGCCGGCAGCGUGUGGGGGAGCAUCGGCGAGGAGGUGCCAGUGAUGGGCGGCGCCGGCGGCGGUGCCAGCGCCGACGAUGCCGGCUUUGCGGGCUGGUUUGACUCUGCAGCCGCGGCCUUUGACUUUGACGCGCCCGCCGCGGCCGAGGCGCCGCCAGCCGACUCAUUUGGAGGCUCCGCGGCGGCCGGCGGCUGGAGCUGGGACGAGGCUCUAGGGCAGCAGGACGCCGCGCCGCCGCCGCAGCCGCCGCCGCCGCCGCAGCAGCAGCAGCCGCAGCAGCAGGCGGCAGAGCCGGCGAAGUGGGCCGCGCCUGCGGUGGAUGCUGGCGGCAUGUGGGAUGAGCAGCCUGGGGCAGACCUGGGCCUGGGGCUGGGCCUGGGCGCCCCCGUGGCGGGCGGCGGCGGCGGCGUCGCGUACGGCAUCCCGCCCUCGCCAGCGCCGCAGCAGGCGCAGGGCGAGUGGCGGGCGCGGCGGGACGGCGGGCGCGGCGGGCGCGACGGCGGGCGCGGCGGGCGCGGCGGAAGGGAGCGGUACGGCGGGCGCGGCGACAGGGACCGAUUUGGCGGCGAGCGCGGCGGCGGCCGCGGCGGCAGGGAGCGGUACGGCGACCGCAGCGGCGGUCGCUUCGGCGGCCGCGGCGACGAGCGCAGCGACGAGCGCGGCGACCGCCGCGGCGGCUGGGAGGGCGGCAGCGGCGGCGGCGGCGGCGGCUGGUAUGAGGGGCGGCCUGACGAGGGCGCCACGGCCGCCACUGGCGGCGGCGACGACGGGCUGUCGUGGUGGGAUGGGGAUGCAGACAGCAAUGAUGAGGGUGCGGGCUUCACUGGCGUCUAUCCCGGCUCUUCCGGCUGGGAAGGGCAGCGCGGCGGCGGCGGCAGCAGCGCCAGCGGCAGCGGCAGCGACGACGGCUGGCAGCCGCAGCGGGAGGGCCGGUCCGAGCGCCGCAGCCGCGGCCGGGGCAGCGACGGCGGCGGCGGCGAGGGCGGCUGGGGCCAGGACGAGGCCAGCUCCCAGCCUGGGGCUGCCGCCGCGAGCGCCGGCGGCGGCGGCGCCGGCCAGCCCUCCGCUGCUGACGUGGCGGCGGCCGCCGCCUUCCAGCCGGGGCAGCAGGUGGCCGUGACCCAGGGCAACUUCCGGGACUUUGAGGGCACGGUGGUGGCGGCGCAGGGCGGCCGCCUGACCGCGGAGCUCGACAUCUUUGGCAAGCGCACGCGGGUGGAGCUCAGCCCCUCCGACGUGUCCAGCGCCGGCGGUGAGGGCGGCGCCGGCGCGGCAGACGCAUGCCGGCCGCUGCACUCCACACGCGUCAUCAUUCUGUCUUAUGAUGGACUGCAGAUCUCCAACUGGAUUGCUGAUGGCCUGGCAGCGGACGGCGAGACCGAAGCUGCUGAGGGAGUGAGGAAUGCUGGCGAUGCCGUAGAGUCCUUCGUCGGGACGGCAGUGGACGCCACGGCAUGCUAUGGAACGGUCGCCGCUGGGGCAGCACUGGGCUCCGUCAUCCCAGUCUUUGGCACGCUUGCCGGGGCCGCGGCUGGUGCCUUCCUCAACCCUUCGUGCAAGGAGGCUGUGGAGGGCGUGGUCACCACUGUUGGGGAGGCAGCCAACGCCGUCGACAAUAUUGCCGCCGCCACCUGCCAGCCGCAGUGCAGCGGCAACACCGUGCCGAUGUGCAGCACCGAGCUUGAACUCAACAGAGGGGGCCUGCGCAUUGCGGUGCAGGAGUGCAUCGAGUACUGCGACUCCAUCUCCCCCGCCUGCUUCACAUGGUACAUGGACAGGGGGUGCUGCCUGUGCAAGUCGUACUGCGACAACGCCGGCACCACUGGCACCACUGGCACCACUGGUACCACUGGCACCACUGGCACCGACGACGGCACCACGUCCCCCGGCGCUACUGACACCGACGGCGGGAUUGAAAGCAGCGACACCGGUGGGGCCGCUGUGGCUCCACAGAUCCCGGCCGCUGGCACCCCUGCGCUGUCCACCUGCUCCCUCAACGUCCAGUACGACACCGACUUUGCUGGCGAGGAUGGCGACAUCGUGCCCGUCACAACCAAGUGGGCCGACACCGCAGUGUCUGCCGCCACCCCAGAGGACUGCUGCGAGGCCUGCACCCUGUACAGCUACUGCUCGGCCUGGACCUGGACUCCCGGCUCCAACUGCGAGGAGCGCUUCCCCCAUGCCUCCGGCUGCUGCUUCCUCAAGGCCAGUGCCAGCCAGCCAGGAGGCAGAUGGCACCCCUCUGCCCAGCUCAGCCUGAGCGGCUUCAGCGCUUGUGCAGGCCCGCUGUGCAUGCCUGCAUUGGCCCUGCACGCGCCGCCGCAGGCCCUGCUGAUGCUGCCUGACAAGGCAACAGGCUGGCAGGCCGAGCCAGCUCCAGGCAUGGUGAGCGGCACCACCAACUCCCCGCCCGCCGCCUCCUGCACCUUGGAAUUUGACACCGUCAUCAGCGGGGGCGCCCUGCUCAAUGCCGAUGGCACGGAGGUUGUGGUGGCCACCAUUUCGGAUGCUGCCUGCUGCAACUCAUGCGCCAGGACAGCGGGCUGCAGGGCAUGGACCAUGACGCCUCCAGAGUACUGCAUCAAUAUGGUGGAUGGGCUGGUGAUCGGGUGCUGCUUCCUCAAGGGUGCCGCUGGCUGGACCAGCAUGACAGACGAGAAAGGAGAGAUGACUUCUGGCCAGCUGCUGACGCUUGGCAGCAAGUAA